AUGCAGCAUACUUUCACCCCAAUAGGACUCCAGACCGUCGUUCUGCGCGUCAUCCUCUCCUUCACGGUACUCAACCUGCAGGAAACAAAGUAUUUCGUUCACACCGCCCUCGUCUUGUCUGGCCAGGCAAGUUCCAAGAGAGCGGUGAGCCGCAGAGCUUACGCUUUUCACUCGCAGUUGUACUCCCUCGUUGGCUGGGAUCUCUCCGAUCCACUGUGCACCGCCAUGCAGCGGUCCGUUCCAUAUCAACAUCCUAUCAGUGGCGAGUCCGCUCUUCAGGAGACAGGCGAUGGCUUCAACGGAUCCAGCGUAGCCCGCAGAUCGAAGAAUUCUGACUCCUUCAUGAAAGGCUUUCAGAAGGCUCAACUGACUCGAGUCCGGUGA